AUGAUUAUCGAAAAUCCAGACGCGUUCAAGACUUGGUUGACGUCCAUAUUGGAACCACUAUGCGACGCAGACCCCGCUGCACUCGCAAAAUAUGUGUACGCUCUCGUGAAGAAGGACAAGCCGCUGGAUGAGUUGCGAGAUGGAAUGCUAGAUCAGCUCGAUGUGUUCCUACAGCAAGAGACAAAACCGUUCGUUGACAUGCUGUUCAAAUCCCUCGAAAGUCAGGAGUAUCUCAAACCAUCAACUGUUGAAGCGAAGCAACCCUCACCACCUCCUGAACCAGCUGAACCAGAGAAGGAACCAGAGGUGGAAAACCAUGGAAACCAUACUAACCACGUCCCACUCGCCCCAUCAGUACCAGUGGACAAGCCGCCAAUGCGUCCCCGCGCGGACAGCGGCGGUGCCCACCGGGUGGUGGUGCCGCGCUCCAGACCCCACCCCCACCCCCACGCCCAUCCCCAACCCCACGUCAACCAACACCCGCACCCUCACGCCCACGCUCCGCAUCAUGAGCAGACGCUUGUCAAGGUGCUACCGACUGAACUUCUAGAAGAACCAGUGGACCCUCCCAGAAGAAGAGAUAGGCGUACUGAUUCGCUCCGGGACAAGGAGGAGCGUCGCCGCCGCCGGUCCCGGUCGUGGGAGCGCCGCGCGCGCCCGCGCCGCGCCGCCCGGGACGCGCGGGACGCGCGGGACGCGGACCACGAGAGGAGGUAUGCGCAUAGACGACCGCCGUCACGUUCACCCUCGCCCCGCGGGCGCUACCGCAACCGUAGCCCGCCCAACCUCACAGACAGACAUACCAGUCGGUCUCGAUCAAGAUCACCAGUACCAAUUCGUGACCGUGAAAUGGAGAGGGAGAGAGAGAGAAUUAGAAUCCCCCGAGAGUUAGAAAGAGAUAGAAUGUCCCGGGAUAGAGAACAUAGAGAUAGGAUCUCUCGCUCUAGGGACAGAGAUCGGUCACGUGACCGGUCCCGCGAGCGCUCGCUGUCGCCGCACGACACGCGGCUGGAGCACGGGGAUGUUUACAAGAGGCGGUGUCGGGACUUUGACAUGAAGGGGUACUGCAUGCGCGGCGACCUGUGCGAGUGGGACCACGGCGCGGACCCCGUGGUGCUGGAGGACGCGGCGCUGUCGCGCGUGCUGGCGCUGCCGCCGCUGCCCGCGCCCGCGCCCGCGCCGCCCGUGCCCGAACAUAGUAAUUUUUACAGUAAAGGCUCGUACAAAUCAAUUAUAUUCAACAUACAAUCUCACACGGCCACCAUUUCAGAAUACAACCCGGCGGCGCCGGACAUAUGGAGCGGGGGGGUGGUGGGGGGCUUCGCGCCCGCGCUGGCGCACGUGCCGCCGCACCACAUGGCGCCCCGGGAGCUCGUGCCGAUACCUAGAGUCCGCCAUGAACCGCCCAUGGGUGCCGCCAUGCCGCCCGCGCCGAGACAUCAACACCCGCCCAUGAAGAAGAACUUCGAUUAUAACAGACUUGGCCCCUCUAAACCGCCUCUACCAGCGAACGCAGCGAACUGUUCACUGGAAGUGAAGAAAGUGCCUCGUGGUCUCAACGAUAUCACUCACCUGAACAAUCACUUCAGCAAGUUUGGCAAGAUUGUUAAUAUACAGGUGUGCUACGAGGGCGAUCCCGAAGCCGCGCUAAUCACAUUCUCCAACCCGACGGAGGCGAAUGUCGCAUACAAGAGUACUGAAGCAGUGUUAAAUAAUAGAUUCAUCAAAGUGUUCUGGCAUAAUCCCGAGAAUAAACAAGAAAACAUGGCACCUGGGGGUCAGCAAGCGAACAAACAAGGAGACAGACAGAACUCGCACCUGAUGUCGCACAACAAAGUGUUAAUCAAUAGGGAAAAUAUCAAGGCAACUGCUGACAACAAAAUGCACGCUGAAAAGCAAGCCAAAGACUCCUUAAAGGCCAGUAACGGGGAGGCCCCCAAGCCCGACGCCCCCAAGGUCGAGGGCCCGAAGGUGGAAGCGCGCAACAAGCAGGUGGUGGAGAUGCACCGCCGCGCGCAGGAACUGCUGCAGACGCAGCUGCGGCAGCAGCGGCUGCUCAUACAGCGGCUGGAGACUGGUAACGUAACGGAACAGCAGAAAGCGGCUUUGAUGGAGGCGGUGAACGCGGCGCAGGAGGGCAUCGAGACCCUCAGGAAAGAGCUGGUCGCGUACAACGGCAUGAUACGGCAGAUGCAGGACGAGACAGUAUCAAGAUCGAUGUCGCGUCUACACCUUGAUCAGGUAAAUGCUAAGAAGCCUAAAACUCCACAAGAGGCGCAAAAAGAGAUACUGGAUGCUGAAUUAGAUAUAAUAACUAAACAACAGGAGGGACAAGACGUGACAGAAUUGGCAAAGAAGAUAGCAGAGAUGAGAAGACAGAUGGCGCUGCAGUUCCCAACUCAUGCUGGUAUACGCAGGAGUCAUUCUAGCUAUCGCAUUGUGAAGAGAAGACUUAGGGGUGGACGUUUCAACCCGGCCAUGCGUUACACACGCGGCGCAACAGCCAAGGGGUUCAGCGUGAACCAAUCAGUGGACCACCGGCCCCGGGCCUUGCUCGUGUCCGGGUUCGAGCCCGACGAGCUAGAAGCUUUGCAGGCACACUUUGCUCAAUACGGCGAGAUAACAGCCAAGGAGGUGAACCUGUCGGUGCCGGAGCUGGUGGUGCAGUACAAGGCGCGCGCGCACGCCGAGCAGGCGCUGCUGCGCGCACGACACUACAACGACCGCACGCUCUCGAUAACGUGGGUGACAAGUACCAAGGCGCUGAGCGCUGCGCCCGCGCAUAAUGGAGACUCUGUGUCUGAACACAAGGAAAUACAGAACCAGCAAGAUCUCUCAGAGGAUGCGUUACUGCGCUUCGACGAAGAAGAAGAAGACGAAGAAGACCGCUCUUGGAGACGU